AUGGCGGAAGGCGAUGAAGCGGGCGACCAGGGCACCAAGGGGGGUGCCUCUGCACCUUCGCAGUCGGUCCUAACGAGAUUCAGCGCGGCAUGGCACAAGGGAAUAUCCGAUUUCUUCGAGGCGCUGGGCAGGUUCGUGUACCGGAGGCCCAGGGUGGUGAUCGCCGCCACGGUGGCCCUCGCGGUCCUGGGCUUAGUCCUCUUCAUCGGCCUCUUCGAGCAGGAGCUGGACGGCGACCAGCUGUUCACGCCCGACAGCUCGAGGGCCUUCGACGAUCGUGAAUAUGUGGAGAUGAUUUACGGCGAGCCAAACGUGCAGACUCGCGUCCUCGUAACACGCGACAUUGACGUGAAAACCGAGCCUGACUGCUCCAAGCGAGACUUGCUUGUCGAUCCCGACAUGGGCAAGGCGUUCCUCCUCGAAGUGUUCGACUUGUACGAGAGUAUCCUGAAAAUAAGGGUGGAAGAAGAUGGGGAGGACCUCGGCCUGGAGGACAUCUGUGUGAAGCCUGUUGCUAAUGGACCAUGCAGAGUCGAAAGUGUUCUUGAUGCUUGGGAUUACAACAGAACAGCCUUGCUGGACGACAGCAACGUGACGGCCACGCUCAAUAGAGAUGACCUGACCACACAGUUUGGCCUACCAUUGGACGUCCCAUUUGUUGUGGGGCGUAAUCGUGAGGGUGGAGAGUGCAACGGAACUGUGGAGGUGUACCAAUUUCAGUUCAUCUUGCAGUGGGAGAGGAGGGAUGUUGACGGUGAAGACAUUGACCCACGAACUCGGAAAUGGCUGGAAGAGCUGGUGGACGUUGUGAGGGACGACUGGAGUUCUGACACCCUGGUUGGGUACGUUAGCAACAUUGAAGCCAUUGACAACGAAUCUGACAAGGCAGUAGACAGGGAUGUUCUCAAGCUGUCAGUUGGAUAUGUGCUGAUUCUUCUGUACACCCAUGUGGUGCUGUUCAAGAACAGCCCUGUCUUCAACAAAAGCCACUUGGCGCUGCUCAGCGCUCUGUCAGGGAGCUGCCUCUGA